CGUCCACUUGUGAGUGCUGCAUUGACACUUCGUAUUAAUAAUGACUUCGUGACUAGAGAAGUGUGUUGGAGAACUGGAGAAGAAAACGUAAAUCCGUCUGCCGAAGAGCAGCCGUAAUUAACUUGUUGUAGCCGUGUAUUCCACCCGACUUGUCUCCGGGAUGGGGCGAGAUUACCGUCAUCUGCCAUGCCUCUUUCUGUUGAUCGUGUCAACAAGUCUAUUGUGUUCUCGGGGAGCUACACAUUGGAAACUGAACGAGGGAGUCGUGAAAAGUGCUGGAAACAACCACGACGUUCUCAAAUCUGACCCGAUUUUAUCAAUCCUGACGAAAGCAGUCCCCUCUAAAGCUGUAGGAAUUCGCAAGCCCAGUUGUGAUCAAUGUGGAAAUGGAAGAUCCGUGUCUGGAAGUUCCAGCGUAGCAAUCCAGGGUCCCACCUCGUUAGAACUCUUCCCCUCACCGCAGCUAACAUGUGGCCCUGCUGCUAACGAGACACUGUACGACCACUUGGAGGGGAUCAUCAACAGAGAGUCGCACCCACCAUAUGCAGAACCUGAAGUUGCAAUGAUAUUCAAGAAGAAUGAAAUGGAAGAAGUUGAUUUAAAUGUAAUUGAAUCAAACUUGAAACAAUCUUUCGAAGAGAGCCCCAACUCAGUGGUGGUAUUUAACCAAAUUGGAAACUUUUGGAGGAUUCGUGGCAACACUUAUCACUCAAUAGAGUGCUUUAGAAAAGCACUCGAGAACUCACCAAACAAUGCAGAUGUGCUGCUUAACCUAGCGAGGGUGCUAUUCAAUCUUAACUACUUGCAAGAUGCAAUAUAUUUGACACGGCGAUCCCUUGAGAUGCAACCCUCUGAUCAAAACUGUUGGCUACAGCACUUUACUCUUGGAGAAAUACUGAAAGCCAGUGGUGAGCUUGACGAGGCUGGGACUCACUUCAGAAACGUGCUCGACUUGAAUCCCUCAUUCCACCCUGCUGAGAUCCAUCUCCGAGAUAUAGGGGUGCCCUCUUCACCGUCAACUCACACCUACACAUUCUUCAUCAUUGGGUUACUUGUGGUCAUUGUCUUGGCAGUUGUGUAUUUCAUGGCUCUUGCAAGUGACAACAGGGGAACUAAAUCUUCAAGAAUGUCAGUUUGGAGUGAGUUUAAAAGGCCAGGGAAAAAGCGUCUAGGAUCAUAGAGCAACAUUGAAAAAUGUUCUUUACUCACUAUUUAAGUACUGUUAAUGCAUGCUCACCCUCCACAAUUCGUUUUAUAGGCCAUCCUUUUAUUACUUGUUAUGUGCUUGUAGAAAAUUAAGAUGAAUUCUAACUGCCCUUUUCUUAAUAAAUGACCUGUUCUGUUUUUUUCUUAUGUAUUUGCAAACUUUUUUUCAGACUUUAUAUUUACUUUUUAACCCCAUGAAAAAAAAAUAGGAAUGGUCUCAAUUGAAUGAAUUCAAGUACGUACAGUACAGCUAGAAUUUUCAUGUUAAUGUUAGCAUGUAUAAAGUAAAAUGAAGCUUUUCCUGCCAGGUGCAGUGUUUUGUAAAAAAAGUUUGUUUCCUGGAUUUUGUAAAGUUUUGUAGAAUUCUUUUUUGUAUACACAGUGGAAACCCAUUUCAAAUUGUUUUCUAUGCAUUUUAUACUCUACUCCAAAGAAAAUUCCUCACUUUCAAAGAUAUCUGCUUUUUAGUUGUGUAGUUAGUUGAUAGUGCUCUAUAGCUGUGUUGCAAAGGGUGAAUAUGCUCACGGUAUUUAUUACCACCUCUAUACUAUAUCCUUGAAAAUUACACAGCACAGGUCAAAUGAUUUUUUGCUGCUAGCUUUGCCACCAAUGGAAGUAAUCAAGAGUUGUUCUGCUGCUCACUUAUAAAAGUGAAUUUAUUUAUUGUUAUCAAACGAUCUGGGGUCAGCAGGCUCUAAAAGAUCUUGUUUCCCAUACAGUAGAUGUGAAAACAUGAUGCACUGUCGGGUUGCUGGAAAGAAAAAAUUAUAUAUGUUGAAUAAAACAGAUUCCUUUAA